AUUCUCCUAGUUGGGAAGUCGGUGAAUUUCCUCAUUCACGUAUGUAAUGAUUCUCUCAAUUUCAAAGACCUGGAGGCUAUUCGCAACACUCGAUUAAAACAAAUUGAGGCAAUAUUUAAUCAGACGUUUGAUCGUUCUUUUGAUCGAAUGAUUUCAACAGCCUAUACGCACGUUUCCAAACACCUCCUUGAAAUACUCUUUCAGAAGUAUCAUCUAAUGGAUCAUCUAACGGCUUGUAGAAAGUUCCUACUUCUGGGCCAAGGUGACUUCAUUCAACGCCUAAUAGAUCUGCUACAAGUAGAGCUUGAUGAGCCUGCCUGCAACAUAAUGCGUCAUCGACUCAAUGAGUUUCUGGAAACAGCCAUCCGCGACACUAAUGCUCAAUAUGAGGACUCUGAAAUCCUUCGGCGCCUUAAUGUAGAGGUUCUUGAAACUGCUGAAGGUGACAGUGGUUGGGAUGUAUUUUCCUUGGGAUACACGAUAGACGGACCUCUCACUACCAUCUUCCCACCCGAAUGCCGCCUCUUCUAUUUGAAGGCUUUCAGUUUUCUCUGGCGUCUCAAACGAAUGGAAUUCAUGUUAAGUGCUCUUUGGCGGGACCAGCUCUCGUUGGCUCGAAAGCCCUAUGCUCUUGCAGAUGAUCUCGCCCCUAUUCUCCACGUUGUUCAACUUCUUGGAGCUGAAUUCCGUCAUUUCAUCCUUCAGCUCCAGUAUUACGUCAAUUUCGAGGCUCUAGAAUGUGCCUGGCUUGACUUGGCAAAGGUGCUUCAAAGUGCAAAUGAUUUGGAUGAAGUGAUUGCGGCACAUCAGGCAUUCCUGGAGAGCGUGGUAGCUCGAUGUUUGUUGGAUCAGAACUCGAGAGAUCUACGAUACCAUCUGAGAGCUAUCUUUGAUUUGAUUAUCAAUUUCUUCCAACUUAACCAGGAUCUCCAGAACUUGGCCAAUGAUGAAGAGGAUGUAAGAGCUGAAUUGCAACACGAGAUUGAUGCGUCGGCAAAAACUGGCAACUGGGGAACUUGUGCUGGGCCUGAAUGCCGAGAAGUGGCUAGGCGCAAAAUGUUUGUGGAAGCUACGAUAACCCCUUUGACAGCCAGAAUUCGUGUUCUCGCUUCCAGCUAUAGAAGCAUGGUGACGGAGUUCAUGAAUAAACUACAGAAUCAUUCAGAUCAGAACUUACGUUUGUUGGUUCAAAGUCUCAAUUUCAAUGCCUACUAUAUAGAUGGAUUUGGGGAUAUAUGA